UAAUCACCGAAUAUUUUCUCGACAUUGAGAAGUGGUAGGCCGAAGGGAGCACGGCCCGGGCGCCCCUUUGGCUGGUUGUGGAAGCCCAGCCCAUUUGAACAAACCGGCCCCUUCUACCCUCCGACAACCGACAGAGGCCGGAAACAGACAUUGACGCGCACGAGGGGGCGCGUGGGCCUCACCGCUCCCAGAGUAGGAUGGCGACUUUUCCCUCAGAUCCUGCCACAGUGAAUGGAGAUCCCAACAUUCCUUAGACGGAAUGAUUUUAACAGAUUUCGAUAGCCGCUAACCGAUGAAAGACCCGUCAAAGGCCUGCAAGGAUUGUGCAAAAUCCUUGCCUUGUUGUCCGAUCUGCUUCUCGAGAGGAGAUGGAGGGCGACGGGGAACCUGUCCCGAAGCAAAACCUGAGAGAGAUCGAGAUUUCGAUUGUUUCCGGAGCCGCGCAUACUCACGAUCACGAUCACCUGCUUCUCGAUUGCUGCGGUCACGUCUGCCCGUUCUCGAACCGGGAACACGGCCGCCUGGAGUCGGAACAGCGGUCGAAAUCUGUAACGAAACUGUUCGGGCUAAUGGUCUUCUGCGCAAUCGUUAUGGUAGUGGAGAUUGUCGGGGGUGUCAAAGCGAACAGCUUGGCGAUCCUCGCCGAUGCGGCGCAUCUGCUGACUGAUGUCGCUGGGCUGGCGAUCUCUCUCUUCGCAGCGUGGGCGUCCGGCUGGGAGCCCACCUCCCGUUAUUCCUUUGGGUUCAGUCGGCUGGAGGUCUUGGGCGCCCUCCUUUCGUUGCAGCUCAUAUGGAUGAUCUCGGGGUUCUUAAUGUACGAAGCAGUUCAUAGGAUCCUCCACAGGGCCGAGAGAGUUAACGGAAAGCUGAUGUUCCUGAUCGCAGCAUUCGGGUUCUUGAUCAACUCCAUCAUGGUCGUGUGGGUCGGUCAUGAUCAUCACCACCACCCCCACGGUUCCUGCAAACCUGGGGAUCAUCACCACCACGAGCAUGGUGGUCAGGAGGAGUUAUGCGCCCUUGCCAAAGGAGGCGAUGGAAAAGAUGAAGACGAGACUAAUUUGCUCUCGGUUUCCACUGAGAACUCGGGGAUUCUUAACAUAAACCUUCAAGGAGCUUACCUACAUAUCAUAGCUGAUCUCAUUCAGUCGAUCGGAGUGAUGAUCGCUGGAGCCAUCAUUUGGGCAGCGCCGAACUUCUUGGUGGUAGAUUUGAUCUCAACUCUUAUAUUCUCGGUUCUUGUUCUGUGUACUACGAUCCCCUUGCUUAGGAAUGUCCUUUCUGUCUUGAUGGAGAGGGUGCCUUGUGAGAUCGAUCUCAGUAGGCUCAAAGAUGGUCUGAAGCGUAUAAAGGGAGUUAGCGACAUUCAUGAUCUGCAUGUUUGGUCGAUUACCGUUGGGAAAUUUGUUAUGUCUUGCCAUGUUUUGCCCGAGCCGGGUGUUAGCUCUAGGGAAUUACUUAAUAGGAUUAGAGAUUACUGCAAAAGAACUUAUGGAAUUCAUCAUGUAACUGUAGAAAUUGAAUAGCAGUUCGCCGCGUCUUUCCCAACA